ACUGCCUGCUGAAAGGCGUAUGAUGGAUAAGCCAGAGAAGAACAAAGCUUUUCGUUGCAAAGUUGCUUUGUUCGUAGAUGGACAAUAAUUACAAGAAGCUACGGAUCUCCGUUGGACGCUCAAACAAGCAGCGUCAUUUAUGAGAAGCUGAUUUUUCUUCUGUAGAUUUUGUGGACAGACUUAUAUUCCAGGUCUCUUCUGCGUUACCGUGCUAGUCGUGGCCUGACUACACCUGAACAAGAACACUUAUGCACUGUAGUACGGAGUUUUUGCUUACAUGGUUGUAUUUUUCAUCUUUUACCCACGCGAAUGAUUUAAUCGAUAUCGGUUCGAUGGACCCCUCGCUGAUGUCACGUCCUCUUCUUUCUGUAACGCAAGAUUGUAGCCAUCACUGUGUAUGCAACCGCGUAGCAUUGUAAAGCAGCGUCUUACCACCUCUCGCUGUCUUUUGUCAUAAAUGAAAAACAAACCGUACCAACUUAAAUUCACGCCACCAUGGGAAAAAGACCUUGGUUUUGGACGGAAGCACAAACCCUACAGAAAUCACACCAAAAUUAUCGCCAACCCUGGAAUUGUCAUGAAAGUCUUACGUCGGAAAAAGAUCAUCAUGGUUCUAGCAUACUUCUUGCUAGUGGCUCUGACCAUGCUGAACCUGGCUAACUACAAAUGGACGAAAGAACCCCAACAAUGCAACCAUCAAAUGCAGAGCACGACGUUUCAAAGCAGGUCUGACAUCCGCUUCCUUUACAAAGUCCCCCAAGUCAGGAAGAGACAGCUUGUCUAUGUGUUGACAACUUGGCGGUCAGGCUCGUCUUUUUUCGGAGAACUGUUCAACCAGAACCCAGAGGUCUUCUUUUUGUAUGAACCAAUGUGGCAUAUUUGGCAAAAGCUCUAUCCCGGAGAUGCUGUGUCUCUUCAAGGGGCUGCCAGAGAUAUGUUGAGCUCUCUUUACAGGUGUGAUUUUUCAGUUUUUCAGCUGUAUAACAAUCCUGGGAGUAAGAACAUCACCUCAUUGGGGCUCUUUGGUGCCACACUCAAUAAAGUUAUCUGCUCGUACCCUCUUUGUUCGUCUUACAGGAAAGACGUUGUGGGUCUGGUAGAUGACAAAGUGUGUAAAAAGUGCCCCCCUCAAAACCUUAGGGUCUUAGAGGAGGAGUGCCUCAAAUACAACACUGUGGUGAUUAAGGGAGUGCGCAUUUUAGAUAUAAACGUAUUAGCGCCUCUGAUGGAGGACCCCUCGAUAAAUCUGAAGGUUAUUCACUUAGUUCGAGACCCCAGGGCAGUGGCAAACUCCAGGAUCAAGUCAAGACACGGCUUGAUACGUGAAAAUUUACAAGUGGUACGGAGCAGAGACCCCAAAUUUAGGCGCAUGCCAUUUGUGGACCAAGGCCACAAAAUGAACAAGAAGGAGGGUUCGGACUACCAUUCUAUCGGAGCCAUGGAGGUGAUUUGUGACCGUUCGUUGAAAACUCUCAGAACCGCCCUCAAUCCACCCAGCUGGUUUAAGGGAAAAUAUAUGACAGUGCGUUAUGAGGAUUUAGUGGAGAAUCCAGUUAAAACGGUGAGGAACAUUUAUCGCUUCGUUAAUCUGUCGGUAAACCAUGACAUUGAGUCAUUUGCCAUGAAUAUGACAAAUGGGACUAGUUCGUCCUCAAAGCCGUUCAUUGUCUCGUCAAGGAAUGCAACACAAGCCGCAAGCGCGUGGAGAACUGUGCUCAGCUACCAACAAAUCAAACAAGUUGAAGAAUACUGUCACCACGCAAUGUCUUUGCUUGGAUAUCUGCGUGUUCGCACUUCUGGAGAGGCAAAGGAUUUGAGCAAGUCUCUAUUGACAGUUCCCAAGGUUUAAAAACAUGUUGCCACCAAAGAGAGCCGCGCUGUAUUUUGCCUUUGAUCCUGUAAGUGUUGGGAAGAAAAUGUGGUUUAAUUCCAGUGAUUUUUGCCUUGCUUUUGGUGGAAUGUAUGUGUUCUGUGUAAUGCACGGCCACAUUUGUCAGGAUCAUAUAACAUGGACCAGAUGACCAAAAGAGACAGUGUUCAUAGUCUUAUUCACUGUUUAGUUUUGAUAUUUAUUUGACUAAUGUAAAGCUUGAGGCUGGUAUGCAUUAUUACUGUCCAAACUCAUGCCGAGUAGACCAACUUGCAUGAGAGAAAUGCAUAGCUAAAUUACAGUUAAAAUGUACUUACAUUUUUUGAAAAAUACAUUUUCUUCAGAAAUUUCUUUGUUGUGAUUGGAACAUUCAAAGUUCAAAACAAAUGCUUAACUUGGCCCAUAAUCCCAUGUUUAUGAACAUACUUCACCAAAGAAGUAUCUAAAAUAUGUGUUAGUCUGUGACCAUUAUAGAAACUUGCACUUUGAUAGAAAAGGCAUUCACUGAAUAAACACUUAAGUUUAGAAGGCCUUUUCCUACUUGAGUGGAUAACAUUGCUGUCAUAGUUGAAAUUAAUGAGAUAUUUGUACCAUAUCCCUUCAAGGCGCUGA